GGAAUGGCCAUUGUAUUAUCUGAUGAAGCUGAGAAUACAUCAGCGAAACGUCUGAAGUUAUUUAUUUAAAACUGAUAGCAUGUGAAUGAGCUUGUGCAGCGUUCUGGUUCCUCAGUGUGUCUGUUUAGUGUUUAGUAUAAACAAAAUGGCCGCCGCUACGAAAGGGUCCCUCAUGAACACAUUCUGCGCUCUGAUACGCGACAUGUGGACAUCCUCGGACGAAACGGAGCGGGUGCUCACCACCGCACCACUCAAGUCGAUGAUCCAACGGCUCGCGCCGCGCUUCAUGGGCUCCCAGCAGCAGGACGCGCAGGAAUUCCUCAGAUAUCUGCUGGAGGGACUUCACGAGGACGUGAACCGGGUGACGAGCCGGCCAAAGCCGAUCACGACCGACAUCGACGACUCAAUGAGCGCCAGUCAAAAGUCAAUGGAGGCCUGGAAACGUUUCUUGCGCCUGGAAAACUCCAAGUUUGUUGACCUGUUCGUGGGCCAGCUCAAGGCUACCCUGCGGUGCACGGUAUGUGGCCACGAAUCGGUUACCUUCGACCCGUUCUGGGAUCUGAGUCUGCCAAUCCCGUCACGAAGUGGCCAGGUGCGCCUACAGGCCUGUUUUGACCUGUUCACCAAAGAGGAGGUGCUCGAUGGCGACGAAAAACCGACCUGCUCAAAGUGCCAGAAGCGCCAAAAGUGCACCAGGAGCUUCUCGAUCCAGAAGUUCCCGCGCAUCCUCGUGGUGCACCUGAAGCGGUUCUCUACUCAGGAGAGGUUCGUCGGAAAGCUGAACACCACUGUCGACUUUUCGAUGAACGGUCUGGACCUGUCGCCCUACUCGGCCGGACAGACGCCCUGCCGGUACAGCCUAUACGGCGUGGCGAACCACUCUGGCACGCUGCUCUCAGGACAUUACACCGCUUACUGCCGACACCCGUACACGGCAGAGUGGUACGAGUACAACGACUCGCGGGUCCACGUGAUGGAUCAGAGAAACGUCAACAGCGGAAAGGCAUACGUGCUGUUCUUUGAGCUGGCCGGCUCGAAACACCGCUCCGGCUCGACCCACGUCUAGUCAUCUAGUCACGGGAGAGGAGCCUGCGAUCGUCACCCGCUCGGGCCCUGUGUAGUCGCACCGGCCGGCGCACAUUCUGCACGGACAACUCUAGCCAGCGGCCUAUCGUGAUUUGUGAUAUUGGGUGUAAGGUGUUGUUAAAAACCAGAACGGUCUUUUUCAUCGUGAACUGUAAACUGUAGAGUCAUUACAUAUAAUGCUAAAUAUACCCACACCAAAUGGAUUAUGGUUAGAUAGAACUAGCGUUGUAUCAUUUUGAAAAUGGAUAUAGUCGAUUAUCCGAAACGUCAAUGACUUGUCAAUAUAAACGAUGACACAUGCCUCUCGGUGAACUAUUGUUCAACUUGAAUUCAGACUUAAAAGCAUUGGUAAGAAGAAUCGAAAAACUCAACAGAAAGCUUUCUAAAGCACAACAUGCCGUGAUUUUUAAUGGUCAUUGUUUGAAUGAAGAUAUUUUGCCUAAAUUAGCAAUUGGCCAUUUAAAUAGAAAUUAAAGCAACUUUACGUUUCACCAUGUGUAUUCAUGGCUUCAUCAGAAAAUACAGGCCUCUCCGCUGCGCCAAAUAAUACGACAUAUAAACAUAAAAAUCACCAGAAGAUAAAAAAGUACGUGCUCUUAUUCCACUCCAUGACGUCCAGAGCUAGAUGGAACAGCUCCGACUUGCUUACGUGCUCGUGGAAUCCCCGGAAGGAACAGUCAGCGAUCAGCUUCAUCCCCUGUUCGGUGAGCCGCAGCCAUUUAUUGCAGCCAUACCGCGGUGCACACACCACGGCUACGGCCUCUGGUAGCAGCCGUUGGUACCCAAACUGGGUGUGAAGGUCCACACUGCUCAGAAAUGCUGUCUGAGACAGCUGUCUGAGAAGAAUAAGUCCCACAUGAAGUUCUUGGAGACCUGCCAGAAGGAACGCGUUGUCCCUCGAGGCUUUAAGCUGAAGUGGGAGUGCCACUUCGAUAUGAACAGCGAAGAAGUGACUUCCAUUGUGGACAGGGCCUCUCACG